AUGAAUGAAAGCGGUGAAGAAAGAGACCAGGAAUCUGACCUCUGUGUUGUGGAGUGGUUGUCGGAACGAGAUUUGAACAAUAGCAAGUCUGAUUGGGAUUUAAUUGCUUUAAAUGCUUCGAGCUUGAUUGCAUGGAUCCAAAGAAUCGAAAAAUCAAUUCACAAAAUCACAUUGAAUUACUUCACAAAAUAUUGUGAUGUGAAAAAAUCGAUCAAAGAUGAAAUCGCGUUAGAAAGAGCACAAUUUAUUUCUGACCAAGACUGGCAAGAAUUAUCCUUUAAAUUAGAAAUGAAGGAUGGAUCAAUUAUUGAAAUUGAAUUGAGCAGUGACAUGGACUACUUGAAAGAGUUUUUACAGUUGCAACAACAAACACUUUCCAAUGAUAUCACACCAACACCACCUCAAUAUUUUGAAAAGGACGAACUCGUGCUUGCUCCUUUGAUUUUAUUACAAACAAUUAAGGAAAGUCAUAUUAUAUUUCCUGUUGGAGACGUUCAAAAGCAUUUGAAAGAUUUGCAAAUUCUCAAAUAUCUAGCAAGAUCUUACAAUUUGAGCACUUUUGAAAGAGGAGAUUUCUUUGAACAUCUCGAUACGGAUGAUCCACUCAUGAAAUUCUUCUAUAAUAGAUUCGUAAAGACACUUUGGGCAAGCUUAAUUCCAGAGAAAAUUCGUGCUUGUACAAACAUGGACUUGCUCCAACAAGACAAACCUCUCGAUGAAUCUGAUUUUGAGAAUGCAAUUCUUGAUAUUGAUGAAAUGGUGAAAUUUAAAGAUGAUCAUCUCAUCACCCUCAAGGGUGAUGUUGCAGAUAUAUAUGAAAUGCAGGAAACAACGAACUUUGAGGGUUAUUACUCCACCAACGCCAUUUCCUAUGGUGAUUCCUCAGUUGCGGAUUGGCUUAGCGAAGAAGUUAUGCUCGUGGCCUUGGCAGAAUUUAUUGUUCCAAAAGUCAUGGGUUUCGACAUGAUUUCAGAAAUUGUUUUAAAAAGUAUUCAAUUUUUAUGGAACAAGUAUUCCAGAACCAAUGUGGCAUGGAGCAUUGCCGAUCACAUGGCAUUUGUAUAUUCAGAGUCUCUUUCUAAAUUGAAAGCAUCUGAAGAAAUGGUCAUGGAAAAAUUCGAUGAAAACAAAAAUUCCACAGAUAUGUAUCUCACCAAGUCGGAUUACUGUGGAAUUCAUGAAUUAAUACCCUCCACAUCCGAAUAUCACAAUGAGGGUCUUUCAUUGUUUUCCUCACGUUUUUUUCUCAACUCGGAUGUUCUUUUCCAUAUUUUUGAAUACAUUCCUCAAUUUGAAACCUUAAAGAAUUUACAAUUAUUGAAUAAGGAAUGUUAUCAAUUUAUGAAUGGUUCAAUAUUUUGGAAGAAAAUAUUUUUUCAUCAUUGGCCAGUUGCUUCACAUUAUGUGAGCUCGAUUUCUGAACAAAUGACUGACGACGACGACACUUCAAUAACAUUCAUGCCAUUUGCUGCACCUUUUGAGACCAAUCUUCAUUCUUGCAGAGAUUAUGGAGGAUACAGGCCAGGAGAUAGCAAAUGUUGGGGUUAUCAAUCAGUCCUUGAUUUUUCCAUUCAUAUCGACAGCAUUCAAUUAAUCUCUACCUCUGAAAAAUCAAAGUUGUGGAAUGCAUCUGUCACAGAAUGCUCCUUUGGUGGAAUAGGUGAUCGACAGUCAUUGAAUGAUGAGAAAUAUAAGGCAAUAGUUGGACCCUUUUACGCCUCAAAGAUUGAUCAACGCGAUGCCUUGUCUGUUCUCUCCUUGCUAUUGUCUUUUAUGGGUACUGCUGGAUCUGGCUCGAUUCUGAUAGACAUGGUUUCACUUAUGAAUAAUUACGCGGAUGAGAGAUCAUAUUGGAAUUAA